AUGGACACCACCAUGGACAUAGGUAACCAUUCUUGGCUGAAAACCCUCAAUCUAGACAGCGGCGCCAUAUUCCUCUUAACCAUUACCAUCUGUGCUUUCUUGAUACCGGUGGUCAUAAUUCUGCCCCCAGUUGGGCUCCAAAAGAGUGAUGCGCUGGUACAGACGCACACAAAGGCCGGUGUUGAAGGUUCAAAGAGCAAUUUGAAGAACCAGUACUCAGCUGAACAUGCACCACAGGACGGCCAGCCACCUAAGGUCCAUAGUUUGGUCAUUUAUCCCGUGAAGUCAUGCAAGGGUAUUGAGCUGAAGAGGAGCAAAGUCUUCCCGACGGGACUCCAGUUUGAUCGUCUUUUCAUGUUUGCUCAACUCAAAAGCCCUUUCCCUAUGGCUGUAAACUCAACAGAUGAGGAAAAGUCAAAGCACAAGUGGGAAUUCGUUACCCAGCGGCAGUUCUCCAGGCUGGCGAAUGUUACCGUUGAUCUCUGGCUCCCAGAUGAGAUGAAGCUGCGGAAACAAUCAAUGAAGUCGAAGGAGGCCUUCGUAAUCUUACGUUUCCCUUGGAAGGAGGAUGGCUGGCGUGGUAUCUAUUCUACAAUCAUAGCUAAGCUAGCAAGAGGGCGCGCCGCUGAGCCCGAGAUAGAGAUCCUGCUGCCAGUAGACUUUCCUUCAACAGAGGAUAUCAAGGAGAGGGGCUACACUUUCGAUGAUGUCAAGAUAUGGAAAGAAACAAUCAACGCUCUUAAUAUGGAAAAAGAUCUACCCAUUGAGCUACAACGGUACUUGGGUGUCAGUAACAAGCUUGCUCUGUUCAGGGUCGAUCCUGAACAGCUACGCGAGGUUUAUCGAACCGCACCGAGCAAAGAGGAGGCCGGCUACCAGCCCGUGACCGGAUUCCAGGAUGCCUUCCCACUUCAUUUAAUGAGCCUAAACAGCGCACAGGCGUUCAGCUCAGAGGUACCGAAGGACGAUGGCCUCAAUGAGCUCGAUGUGCUUAGAUUCCGGCCUAAUAUCAUCCUUUCCGGCGCCGAAGCCUACGAUGAAGAGACUUGGAAACAGAUUCGACUUAAGCCGGGGAGCUCAGGCUUAUAUAACGACGUCGCGUUCCACGUUUCGUGUAGAACUGUCAGAUGUAAAAUGCCCAACGUAGAUCCAGCAACUGGUCUCCGCCACCCAACUGAGCCGGACAAAUCACUUAGGGCGAAGCGGGCAGUCGACGAAGGUGCGCCGCUGAAUGGUUGUCUAGGCAUGCAACUCACUCCUCUGUUCGACCCCAGCCUGGGAGAAGAUCGUGAAGCCUGGAUCGCAGUCGGCAUGACGGUUGAGGUCGAGCAAAGGGGGCACCAUGUGUAUAUCAAACAGUGA